AUGUUUUUAGAUAACAAUGAAAAUUAUUUUAAAUUAAUUAAAGCUAGCGUGGAAACAUUAUUUACAACAUGUGAUGAAAAUGAUUCUAAUGUACGAUUGACUGCUGAAGAAAAUUUUGAUAAAUUUGUUAAAGAUUUAAAAGAAGCAGAUUUAACAAGAAUUCAAGUUGAAUUAUAUCGAAUUAUAAAACAUAAUCCUAAUCUUGAUCCAAAUGCUUUAAAAGGUUAUUUUUAUUAUUUGACAUAA